AACAAUGAUUCAGUGGGCUCAUAACGCACAAACACGACUCUUCUCCUCUCCUCUUCUCUUGCGUGUUUCAUCUCCUUCCUCCGCCAGCGGCGGCGCUCCUCCUUCUCCACCAGCGGUGACGUGUCCUCCUACCUCUUGGUCUUCUCUCUUGCUUCCCUUCUCUGUUACUUGAAAUAGAUUUCUGCUGUUUAGCAAGUGAAGCACAUUGAGUGUGAACUGUGAACAAGCAUGGCAAGCUUGAUCACUGCAUCAGCCUUCACCUAUUCUCCUGUCAAUGGUUCAAGGGGUUUCAGAAAGUCAGGUAACUCUUCUAGAGGAGGAGGGUGUUGCAUAAAAGCAAUGAAGUUGGAGAAAUCCUUGGAGGAAUUGUACAAUGUGAAGGUGGAAAGAAAAGUUUCUCCUGAAAGACUAGCGCAGCUUGGAAUUUCAAAAUGGUCAGCGUGGAAGACUGGAAAAUGCAAGUUGGCUUGGGACUGGCAGGUAGACCAACUGGUGUACGUAGAAGAAGGUGAAGUGAGAGUUGUGCCUGAAGGGAGCAAGCGAUUCAUGCAAUUUGUGGCGGGAGACCUAGUCCGGUACCCAAAGUGGUUUGAGGCCGACCUCUGGUUCAAUGGUCCAUAUCAAGAACGCUAUAGUUUCCGAGCAUAUGGUGACGACUAUUGAUGAUGAUGCAUGAUGGUCAUGAAAUGUGUGCAUCUUAUUUGGUUGUUUAAAGCUAUGUAAUAGAUUUUGACCACACAAAAAAAGCUAUGUAAUAGUUGAGUUUCAGAGUUUCCAGUUCUAUAUGUAUUCUACCAAUAUAUUUGAUGAGUACUUAUGAUCGUUUGCUGUCAUUUAAAAGAAAAUCCUGAAUGCUGUUUGGUUUUC